CAAGGAUGUUAGGUUGCAUCGGUCACCCAAGGACUAUUGCUGCAUCUAUUGGCUCUCUAGUGUUAAUAUUUGAUUUGGGGAUGGAAUCGUCUACAAGAACCUAUUUAUGUGACAAUAUAAUAUGUAACUGAUUUUUAACUUGUAACUCUGUUUUACCUGUUAGGAUCCUUCUCUACAGCAGCCAGAACGUGCUUUGGAGAGGAAGAGCAAGAACGUGCAGUUUAUGAAUUUAAGAAGCACAGGAACUCUGAACAACAAAAGCUGUUUGGAUGAGACCACUUAUGAAAAGCUGGCUGAAGAAACGCUGGACUCCUUAGCAGAUUUCUUUGAGGAUCUCACAGAUAAGCCUUUUACCCCAGAAGAUUAUGAUGUAUCUUUAGGGAGUGGAGUUUUAACAGUUAAACUGGGUGGAGAUAUGGGAACAUACGUAAUCAAUAAGCAAACACCAAACCGACAGAUUUGGCUCUCCUCACCCACUAGGGUGGCUCCUUCCCCUUUAAGCCUGUGGGAUUUCCUGCYUCAUGUGUUUACGUGUGCUCUCUGAUGGGCUGUUUUUUGUCGAGCUCCUAUGCUCUGUGGCAACCUUGGCUUGCCAUUCCCUCUGCCUUCUCCAGCUCUGCGGUUCCGUCCAUCCCAGGUUUUCUGGUGGGUUUCAGCUAGGAGGGCAGCCAGAUGUGUGGGAAAGUGUAGCUGCCUCCUCUCCCCAAAAUCUGUGUCGUCUUCUGCAGUCCCAGGGGAAGAGGAGAGGGAAUCCAGCAGUGCUCCUGUUAGGGGAACCAGAUGUCUGGCACCCUGGGCGCUCACAGCACCUCUGYGGGCUCUCCUCUUGGAGGCUCCUCUGUGAGCUGCUCCACCAGCGACAACAGGGUUUGCAGGAGCAGGGUUUCAAAGCAGGAUUCAGGUGUAGGAGGAGGGGAAAAAAACCCAGAACUUUAGAUUCCAAGGUAAACAAUUUGAGGAAAUUACAGUAUGAGGAAAUAAAAAUUACCUGAAGAAAAUUUGAACUGUCUUGGUAUGCUUUUACACUGGCCCAGCAYAUUAAAUAAGCCAUUUUUCACUACUGCUAACUCAUUUUUCCUCACAGAAUCUUUUCUUUUCCCCAUUAAAUAUUUUAUUUAACAGCUAUCUGAYUUGACAGGGCAGUGGCCUAAUAAAUAAAUACUUACUUUAAGACAGAUGCAGGCUGCACGUCAUGAUUUAUUCACUUUUUUUUCCAUCAAAUAUAAUUUAAUGCAGUAUCAAGAACCAUGAUAUUGCUUAAGUGGUCUGUAGGGUUUUGUUUCAUUGACACAAAGUUUUAAUUUACUUUUGGAAACCAAAAUUCAGAGAAUUUAUGUGUGUUUGGAACCAGUUUUAGCUCUGAGUACUGGGUUUGUGGGAAAUGUCAGCUGUUUUCAUUUUAUGAUUGCUCCUGCAGUUGAGUAAAAUGCACAAUAAAAUAAACAAGCUGAACUUUCUUUAAGGAGGUUUCUCAGCAUCUGUGGUGAAUCUUCACCAAGAAACAUUCGGUUUUGUGCUUCCUUAGCUGGUAAUGUGUAUUGGUGUAUCUAGAAGAAUAUUGGUGUAUCUAGAAGAAAAUGCUACAUGCUCAUUUAUUUCCUAAUUUCUGUAAAUAUAUGGUCCAACAUGCAGUGUUCUAAAAAGUGAAAGAAAUAAACAUUGCUGACAGUGACUAGGGGUAUUUCUAUGUCUGGGAAAAUUGAGUGGUAAAUGUAGAAUUUUUGAGUCUUCAUGAACAUAACUUGAGGAGGAUAGUUGCUUCAGGUGGGAGAAGCAGAAAUUCUCAUGAAUUCUUUUAACCUUUGCUCUGCUCCACUUYGUUGCAUACCCUCAGGUGAAAUGAAGCCUGUGCCUGUAAAGCUUUAUUUA